ACAAAAUGCAAAAAUGAUAAAACAAGAAGACACCAGUCCAAUGAAGAUGGCAAAAGGCAUUCCUUCAGAUGCAAUCCAAGAUUAGUUCCUUCUUCAAACCCUCUGCUUCUGUUGCUCCCAAAUCCCCUAUCUUUAACGGCCACGGGUAGGACGACGAAUUGACGAAUUGGGAGAAGAAAGAACAUCGGUUUUUCAAUUGGUACACGCGCAGAGCUCAAAAGUCACACAGUGAAACGCUGAAGAAACCCAUUUGCGAUAACUGGUGUUCCAAGCCGGAAUCAAAUGUGUCUGGAAGACCAAUUAACAAUAAGAAGAAGAGAAGCUAUGCGCAGUUCCAUUUAGAUUUGGGUCAGUCUGAUUUCAACCUCCACACAUGUUCCACAUGUGGGAUCAAUUACGCUCCUGGAGAGAGAGACGAUGAGAAGGCUCACAAGGCAUUUCAUAAGGAUUAUACCCAUGGGAUCCCAUUCAAGGUAUAUCGCUAAACGCCUGAAUCCUAUGUGUUUAUUUGGCGUUGGAGUACUAUGGGAAUACAGUGAAUAUGAUGGUCCUGUACCAAACGUCGUAAAGACACCACGGUAUAUGGGUUGGUGUAAUGAAAGGCUCGUUCCUAUGCCGUAUACUGAAGGGGGUCGAAUCAUUUUGGUGUUAGAUGGUGAUCCUUGUGUUUAUAAGAAUAAGGUUGAGGAAGUGGUAAAGAUGAUGGAAAUUGAGCUUGGAAGUGGAUGUACAUUCCAUAAGAGCUGUAAGGUAUAUCUAUUUAUUUCCUCCCGAAGGAUUGCCGGAUGUCUAAUUGCAGAACCGAUAAAACAAGCAUUCAAACUUCCAUCACGCUCAGAGGAUUGGGGAUUUGAUGGUACCUCUAUUAAGAGAAUAGAAAGCCAUAAAUCUGCUACUCUCCAAUUUGGGGCUAUUAGUUUGAAAAGGGAAGUCAAUAAAAAAGCCCAUUCCCUUGCUUGUUCUGAGGUGUUGGAUGGGAAUCUCAAUGGAGCAAUUAUUUACGAAAGGGAAGCUGUCCCUGCUGUUUGUGGAAUCAGAGCCAUUUGGGUCACUCCGUCUAACAGAAGAAAACACAUAGCGAGCCAAUUAGUGGAUGCUGUGAGGAAAAGUUUCUGCAUGGGAUUUGUCCUUGAACGCUCUCAGCCAACCUCAGCUGGAAAGACGUUGGCAGUUGGGUAUUUUGGCACUCGAUCUUUCUUGGUUUAUAAAACCAACAAUCUGGAGUCGUAGAGGGCUCUUCAAUUAAACAUGUGCACAGAAUCAGUUUUUGUUCCAAAAAAGCUUAAGCCAAUAGAAUAAACAGUGAUUCAAUUUGAAUCUUGACUUGUCACCUGAUGAUCGCAUGUCAAUUUAUAACCUUCUUGAUUCACACGUGAGGGUACUGUUAGGACAUAAAUAAAUAAAUUUUAAAAAAUGAUUAAAUUCACUCGUGGAAACGAAGGAAACCUAAAAAAAUCCGAGUAAUUUUCUAGAUUUCAGAGACUCAUUCAACUUCUUCUGUAAUCAAGAUUAUCAGUUGGUUGUCCAAAUUGCAAACCUUGGGUGUAAUUAGAAUUGUUUCUUCAGUGUAUGUGGGCGAAAGAUACGUUGUUCAGGCAUUGCGUUUAGGACCUUUGUAAAAUUAAUAUAUAUGUAAUCUAAUACACAUUGCAAGUAAACUUGAGUUCUGUUUGGUUUGAAAGUUUUUUUUUGGAGAAAAUCUUGAGGAUUUUACUUAAGUGACAAGAUCUAUAAAAGGGAAAAAAUUCACAAAAUCAAUAAAAAAUACUUAAUUACUAAACCAAAAAAGAAGAAGAA